AUGAAUGAAGAGUCAGUGGCAGGCCUGUCAUCUCAGCCUCCUCAGCCCUCGAAGAUUUAUGGCACCAUUGGACCAAACGAAGAGUCAGAGCGAUGGGGAAAAUUCUCGCCCGAAAGGUGUUACUUAGCGGUUGCUGUCCUGUGCUAUAUUAACCUGGUGAACUACAUGGACUGGUUUGUUGUGCCAGGAGUGCUAGAGAAGAUACAGAUAUACUUCGACCUUGGAGACAGCAGGGCUGGCCUGUUGCAUACAGUUUUCAUCCUCUGUUUCUUGUUCUCGGCACCACUGUAUGGAUACCUUGGGGACCGAUACAAUCGGAAAAUCAUCCUGGGCGCUGGAAUAAUACUUUGGUCAGGGGUUACUCUUGGUAGCUCCUUCAUCACUGAGUCGAUGGCCUGGUUAUUCUUCAUUUCACGAGGCCUGGUGGGUGCAGGCACCGCCAGCUAUUCCACUGUCGCUCCUUCCAUCAUUGCUGAUUUAUUUGAGAAAGACCACCGGACUUGGAUGCUGUCCAUCUUCUACAUUUUCAUACCAGUGGGAAGCGGCCUUGGUUACAUCCUGUCUUCUUCAAUGGAACAAGCUACUGGCCACUGGAGAUGGGGUUUCCGAGUUACGCCUUGCAUGGGAGCGGUCGGCCUCAUCCUUCUGAUCCUAUUGGUCCCUGAAUCUGCCCACCGUGCAGCUAAGAAGCAUGCAAAGACUGCUAGUGAACACAAAGAGAAUUCCACUUGGUGCGAAGAUGUCUCCUCGCUUUGCAGAAACUGGAGUUUUGUCUCGUCCUCACUGGGUGUGACCUCGCUAGCCUUUGUCACGGGAGCUCUGGGGUUCUGGAUCCCCGUGUUCCUCUGCAGAGCUCAGGUCCUUCUCCAUAGCAACAGCUCUUCAUCAACGCAGGAAAAAUGCAAUGCCUCCAACAGCCUGAUCUUCGGAGGAAUGACGGUUGCUGUGGGCAUUUUAGGGGUUGUUAUUGGUGCAGAAGCUGCCAGAAGAUACAAGAAGAUUAAUGCACAAGCUGACCCCAUCAUCUGUGCGGUGGGCAUGAUCGCCUCGGCACCCUGCCUGUAUCUGGCCAUCAUGCUGGCUCAGGAGAGCCUCGUGGUUACGUAUAUUUUUAUCGCCCUUGGAGAAUUUCUUUUAUCUUUAAACUGGGCCGUUGUGACUGACAUACUCUUGUAUGUGGUGAAACCCGAACGGCAGUCCACAGCGAUGUCACUGCAACUUUUCGUCAGUCAUUUGCUGGGCGAUGCCGGAAGCCCAUAUCUCCUUGGAGUUAUCUCUGAUGCCAUCCAGAAGAACCAGGCCCAGCCAUCUUUCUUGUGGUCCUUCCGGAGCCUGCAGUACAGCUUUGUAUUGUGUGCUUUUGUCAGUAUCUUAGGGGGAGGCUGCUUCCUCCUGACUACCCUUCACAUUGAAGAAGAUCGCAUGAAAGCUGCACCAUCAGUUCAAGGCAUCGAGAACAAAGGUUACCUCACACAUGAAGAACAGCUGCACGAACUUCCUGCGAAGUAGGCGAACGGCCUGCUCCCUUUGCCAACUGAAAGAAAAUGUCUGAAGAUCAACACAGGCUUCCGAGGACCGACUUGUCCGUGUGGCAUUUAAAACGUGCUCUGAAUCAUACGGCAAGCCUCCAUCUGCGACUGUAAAACUGGCAGAGGAGCGUGCCAGAGAAUCUGGUGACUACAGAAGCCCAGGAAGGAGAGCUGUCAAAGCAAGGAAAGAUAUUUUCACAUACUAUCUAUCAAGCCGCUGAAAGCAAAGUUUUUCAGCUAAAUCCCUUUGAAACUAUAAAGCAGUUCCUUCUGCAGGGAUUACAGUUCUGUGGUGGAGUUCAUGCUCCAUGAGGAAAGUGUUCUACAUUCAAUCCUUAGCUUCUCUGCUGUUUAAAAAAAUCUCAGAUAGCCUGGCAGGGAAAGACCACAAAUGGAGACCUUGGACUGCUAGUCCAGGAAGGAGAUAGAGAGCCAAAUGACCACUAGUCUUGCCAACUGAAAGAAA